CUGGGAGUAUAAAAGGGCUCUGGGCCCAGCUCUCUUCAUUCGCUCGUCUUCUCCUGCCUUCACCUCUCCUCACUCUUCAGCAGGCCUCUCCUUCUCUCCCACCACCCCCCAAGAUGCCCAACGGUUGCUGCGGAGGAUGCUGCGGUGGAAAUAAUUACUCCGUGACCUGCUACAGCAGCCCGCGGUGCUGCAAGACGCCGAUGUGCUGCAGCCCCAUGCAGUGCUGCAGCCCCUGCUGCAUGCCCAUGCAGUCCUGCUGCAUGCCCAUGUCCUGCUGCUACACCAUCAGCAGCAACAACAGCAGCUGCUGCGGCGGCGGCAACGGCGGCUGCUGCGGCGGCAACUGAACCCACCCGGCUCAUUCUGUCUUGGAUAUGGAUGGGAAUGUGGAUAACACCCCGAACGCUCUUCCCUCUGUGCUUAGACACCGUAGAACUUCUCCUCUUUGCUGCCCUUCGCCCCUGAGUGCUUUCCUGUGCCCUGAAGCCGCUGCCCAGCGAGUUUCUGGUCCUGCUCUUCCUUUCCCUCCUGGUGUGUGGGAUGUUUAAUGCUGCCCAAGUCUCCUUCUCCCUUCUCUUUCUUUAAUCUCCAAUUAGUCAUGAAAGACAAUAAAAUUUGUAACUUCUGAUCCUGCAAA